ACUGAUGUUCAAUGGGCGGUGCGGCUAGUGUAGUAGUUGACCUUGUUCCCAUUGAGUCGAGUGAUUUACAAAUCUCUGCAUCUCCCAAUGUAGAGGAGGCUUUCAGCAUCAUCCUAAGGAAUAAUUUAUUCCACAGAUUUUGUGGAGGAGGCAAGCUCCAGUCCAUGGUAAUGAUGCCGAAAAUUCUCAUCGCUGGAGCAGGCGUUACGGGAGCUCUUUGCGCCCACAUCUUAAAGCGGGACCUGCAGCACAAAAUUGAGUUAGUCAUAUGGGAGAAGGCCAGAGGGCCGGGUGGACGAAUGAGCACAAGUCGAAAGUCCGAUAACUCACAAUGCAGUGUUGACCUUGGCGCUCAGUACAUUACAGUUACACCACAGUAUGCAGAAAGCCACAAAAGGUACCAUGAGGAGUUGAUUUCCAAUGGUGUUUUGGUGCCAUUUGAGGGCAGAAUUGAGGGAUCCAAAGAGAGUGAGCCGGGCACGCUGAACUUUGUGACCCCCAACGGGAGCAGUUCAAUCGUCAAACACUUUUUACAGACGUCGGGUGCCACAGUAGAUUACCAACAUCACCUCUCAAAACUGGAAGCAGCGAAUGUACACGAGUCAACCCAACCAGAGAUUCCGUCGGUGAAGAUGUUCCUGGACACGCUGUCCGAUGACACGGCAGUCAAACCAGCAACCACAGAGAAAGGGACGAGGAUUAAAAUAGUGGCCAACCCACAGGAGGAGCGGGCUGCAGGAAGCCAGCACGAUGAGGUCUUUGAUGCAGUGAUCUUAACGAUGCCGACGGGGCAGGUCCUACAACAGAAGGGUCUUGUACAGGAAGCGCUGGCAAAGAACGCCCUGAUGAAAUCACAUCUUCAGUCCGUGCGUUACUCCUCUCGCUAUGCCCUGGGUCUGUUCUACAAGCCAGGGACGGCACUCGAUCUUCCAUGGUGCGCUCGCUACGUGCAGGGGGAUCCUUGCAUCCGGUGGAUUUCGGCGGAUGUAAAGAAAAGAGGAGCAGAUGCAGGCAGCCUGGGCCCAUCCCUUGUCGUUCACACAAGUGUACCAUUCGGCAUUCAGCACCUUGAAGCAGACAAAGAUGAGAUUCAGCGAGUCAUCAUGCAGCACUUGUACCAGUUGCUGCCUGACCUCCCAGAACCGGCAGAGGUCAAAUGCCUGAGGUGGCGUUACUCACAGGUGACCACACCCUACGAAGGCAACCCCGGCUGCAUCUUCCUAGCUCGUCUGCCGACCUACGCCGUGGUUGCCGCGGGAGACGCAUUCACACACUCCAACCUGGACGGCUGCAUUUCGUCUGCAGAGACCACGUGUGAAAGGCUGGUGGAGUAUUUCACCGAAACCAAUCAGCUCAAACGAGAAUGUGACAAGUUGGAAAUGGAACAUGGUGCCGAGGCUUAGAGUACAGCAGCUACAAGAGACAAGCAGCAUCUUAAAGUUGAAUCCCCUGCCGGUAGCAUUGUGCUAUUUUAUUGAAAUAGGGGUAAUUCCAGAAAUUGGGGGUCCGAAAAUGCGACAUUUUUGUGUCCCUGUUACAUCUGACCUUUGUUCUU